CUGCUGCAUUUGCAGUCAGCGGCACAGAACACAAGUAGCAAACGAAAAGUGAAUACGUGAUUCUUAAUAUCAGUUGUUAAAAGUGAAUACUAAAAAGAUGAAGUUGCAGCUCUGCACUUCCUUGGCUGUCGCCUUGACAAUUUUGGUCUGUGUCACGGCAGUACCACUACACACGAACCCACAACGCGUACUACCACCGCCUUCACCAAGAGGUCCGAUACGUAUACGUCGCACUGUAGCCACUGGCGGUACCAUCUCUACCAAUCCGAAUGGCGGACAAGAUGUCAAAGUGGAGAUCGCUAAAGGCUUAGGUACAGCGGACGCCAAUGUAUUUGGCAGUGUCGGUGCGGCGGGCAAUACCAAAGGUGGACCGGUCACUACUAGUGGCACUUUGGGUGCGAAUCUCCUGGGUCUUGGCGCUUCUAUCACCAAAGAUCACACGCCCGGCAUCGGUGAGGCGCUCACUAAGAAAGCCGCUGCCAAUAUUCCGAUUAAUGAUGAGAAUCGUUUGGGCGGUUCACUAUUUAAAACGGAUAACAAACUGGCGAAUGGUUUUGAGUUCGUCAAACAGGGUGGUUCGUUGUCGUUUGAAAAUGCUGGCGGCCAUGGCAUCUCGAUUGCCAAGGAAUCGAUACCCGGCUUUAGUGACACACUCUCAAAAUCCGCACAUGCUACGCUCUUCAAUAACGGUGUACACAGCGUGGGCGCAAAUGUGUUCGAUACGAAGAAGUCGUUCGAUUUUGGUCCCACAUUCCGUGAAACAGGUGGUAACCUCAACUGGGCUCAUACGGAUGGUUUGGGCGCUAAUUUGGGUUUGUCGAAGGUGCAUGAUUUCGGCACGAAACUGAAUCUCGGCGCGUCUUCCAAUCUCUUUAAAUCUUCUGAUGGUCUCACGUCUUUGGACUUCAAUGCUGGUGGUUCCCGUUGGUUAAACGGCCCGUUUAGCGGUCGGAAUGAGUUCAACACAGGCAUUGGUCUGUCGCACGGCUUCCCCAACUGGGGUUAAUCCACUUUGAGCGGAUUUAUUUGUGAUGAAGCAUGAAAGCGUAUUGUGGAAUGCAUUUGUAUGGACAGUAUUUGUUUCGGUUAUAUUAACAAUUGUUAACGAAAAGCUUCAUAUUUUUAUUUGGUAUACUUAAAAUUCAAUAAAAAGUUUAAUAAGAUUCACAUAAA